AUGAAGGUUAUUUCCUUUUCCAGAAGUUUCAGAUCCUGCUCUGACACUGGGUACAUUGUUCGGGUUUUACCUGUUAUUUGAAUUACCUUUAGCUUUCCAAAGCAACUCCUUGAUCCCCAGCCAUGUACAAUAUUAUGGAAGAAGAGUAUGACUGUGAAAAAGACCCUGACCCUGAAAAAAAUCUGUUUUAUGGAGUGGAGUUUAACAGUGAUCCUGGUUCCUUAUUUUUUAACGAUGGUGAACGACGGAUCGAUUUUGUUUUGGUCUAUGAAGAUGAGGACACAAAAGACUUUGAGAAAAGGCACCAGUUUCAGAGACGAAAGAGACGAAGACAAUAUUUUGAAGAAAGUUUGAUGAACAUGGGCUUAGAACUGGAAGCAACAAAAUCUGUUUUGAAUGAGAAGGUUGUGUUUGUUAAAGGCCACACUCCCUGGGAAGUCCUGUGCACAUAUGCUGAGGUGAUGCACAUCAAAAUGCCAAUACAGCUCAAUGAUUUAAAGAGCAAGACCUCAGCUUUCAAUUGCUUCACCAAGCUCUUCAGUCCCAGUGAGGAUUUAAUUCAUCCCGAAAUGGAAUACUUCACUGCUCCAUUUGAGAAGAAAAGGAUAUCACAAUUCUACAUCAAGGACCGGGAACAAUUCUUUACACCAUCUAUGCGAAGCAGAAUUGCAAGCUAUAUCCUUACUCGGGCAGAUUAUGAGAAGAGAAAGAAUGAAGGGGAAUUUGGAAUCAGCAAGCUUUUGGAUAGUGGGGUGUACAAGGCAGCAUAUCCUCUGCAUGAUUGCCGAUUCAAUGUAAAGUCAGAAGACCAAAAAUGCCCCAAUGAAAGGUACCUCCUGUACAGAGAAUGGGCUCACCCUAGGAGCUUUUAUAAGUUGCAGCCUCUGGAUCUGAUAAGAAAGUAUUAUGGAGAAAAGGUUGGUAUCUAUUUUGCAUGGCUUGCCUUCUACACAAAAAUGUUGGCAUUUGCAGCAGUGGUGGGAUUAGGCUGCUUUAUCUUUGGAUACCAAACUAAGGAAGCAAGCACAUGGAGCAAGGAGGUGUGUGAUCCCCAAAUUGGAGGCAGCAUUAUCAUGUGUCCUCAGUGUGACAGGGAAUGCACUUACUGGAGACUCAACAGUACCUGUGAGUUAUCUAAGAAACUCUGCAUAUUCGACAAUUUUGGUACAUUAGUAUUUGCAGUGUUCAUGGCAGUUUGGGUUACGUUGUUCUUGGAGUUCUGGAAACGUUAUCAGGCAGAGCUAGAAUAUGAGUGGGACACGGCUACAUUUCUAGAGCAAGAGGAACAGCCCCGCCCGGAAUAUGAAGCAAAAUGCAUUCAUAAAAGAGUGAACCCAGUCACACAGGACAUUGAACUCGUGCCUUAUUCAUAUUGUGGGAAGUGUAUGAGAGUGUCCUGUGGCAUUGGGACAGUCCUGUUCUGGGUUUUGCUGAUCAUUGCUUCAGUAGUUGGGGUUAUUGUGUAUCGUCUGGCAGUAUUCUUUGCAUUUUCUGCUCAUCUAAGUAAUCUAAAGGAACUAGAACCAUUCAGAGAGUAUGUGACACCCCAGAUGGCGACUUCAGUAACAGCUUCCAUCAUCAGCUUUGUAAUUAUAAUGAUACUAAAUACAGUAUAUGAGAAAGUGGCAAUCUGGAUCACUGAUUUUGAAUUACCCAGAACAAAGACUGAUUAUGAGAACAGCCUGACCCUGAAGAUGUUUCUUUUCCAAUUUGUCAACUACUAUUCCUCUUGCUUCUACAUUGCCUUUUUCAAAGGCAAGAUUGUGGGUUAUCCUGGGGAUCCAGUGUAUUGGCUUGGAAAAUACCGUAAUGAAGAGUGUGAUCCAGGCGGCUGCCUCAUUGAGCUAACAACUCAGCUGACAAUUAUAAUGGGUGGCAAAGCAGUCUGGAAUAACAUCCAGGAAGUACUUGUGCCGUGGAUAAAGAAUCUCAUAGGCCGCUGCACCACAAAAACCUCAGAAAAGGUUACCCCGCGAUGGGAGCAAGAUUACCAGCUACAGCCUUUGGGAAAGCUAGGAUUGUUUUAUGAAUACCUUGAAAUGGUUAUCCAGUUUGGUUUUGUUACCUUGUUUGUGGCCUCCUUUCCUCUGGCUCCUCUUUUGGCACUCGUCAACAACCUGUUUGAAAUCAGAGUAGAUGCCUGGAAAAUCACCACCCAGUUUCGGCGUGUCAUGCCAGAGAAAGCACAAGAUAUUGGGGCAUGGCAGCCAAUCCUUCAAGGGGUAGCAAUUCUUGCUGUGGUGACAAAUGCCAUGAUCAUUGCUUUCACCUCUGACAUGAUCCCACGAUUGGUCUACUAUUGGGCUUUCUCUGUGUAUCCAUAUGGGGAUUAUGGAAAUCACACUAUAGAAGGCUACAUCAACAACACACUCUCCAUUUUCAAUAUCUCUGACUUUUCCAAUGAUAGCAAGCCAUUGCGACACCCUGUGUGGUUCGACUCUGAGAGAGAUACUACCUGUAGGUAUCGGGAUUUCAGAUACCCCCCUGGACACCCCAGGCAAUAUGAGCACAGCAAUUACUACUGGCAUGUGAUUGCUGCCAAACUUGCUUUCAUUAUAGUUCUUACACAUGUUGUGUACUUGGCUAAAUCUAUCCUGUCAUACAUAAUUCCUGAUGUCCCAGCAGUUGUGAAACAGCAGAUGAAACGUGAAAACUACUUAACCCAGAAAUGGCAAUAUGAAUCUCAGCUAAAUCUGAAGAAACAUGUGGGCUGCACACCAGACCUGGAAUAAAUGUUGAGUUUAUCUAAAUAUUUCAAAUAGUAUAUUUUAUGUGAUUCUAAAUAAUUAAAUAUUUAAUAUAAUGUUGAUGUGAAUAUUUAUAUUCAAAUAUUUUGAUUUCUGUUUCAAAUAUAUUUAUAAAUGUUUUACAAUGACGUGAAACAUAACACAUUAAGUUUUAUAUGAACAUCAGUUUAGUAUCACAUUAACAUUUACACUAAACAUUAUCCAGUAUGCAGCAUGCAAUUUAUUGUUUCAAAACAUCUCUAACUUGAAUCCUAACACGAUUUAACUACAGUCAUUAAAAUGUCAUGUGCUAGGUUCAGUAUGCCUAUUGUUUUCCACUAUGUGUUUUAAAGACCCCCAAGAAUGUUUAUGUAAUUGCAUAACAAGCACGUACCCUGAGAGACACAAGGAGGUUUGAGGUAGAUUUCACUAAGGUGCCAAACUUGCUGUUUACAAUAUUUACAAGUGGCUUCGAAUUUAUCCGAGGCAUUGUCUGGCAUAAUGAAAUGCAAAGCAGCCUUAGAUCUAGGAAAUAACAUGCUGGUAAAUUAAGCAAGUACUAAGUGAAUGACUUGAGCUUCAACUGAAGACAGGUGAAGACAAUUUGAAAAUUAUGUAUACAAUUUGAAAAUUAUUUAAAAAGUUUGACCAAUAAUUUCAAAUAAUUAUUUGUUUGGAGUGUGGCAGGGCUGAAGCCCUGCAACUGUAAAUAGUGGGUGGGCGAAUGUAAGGUUGGCAGGGAUGUGGUUAAAUCUGUCCCUGCCAACAAUCACAGGUCAGUCCCCAAUUAGGUAAUUGAGUGCUAAUUGGGGAAUGGCCACCUUUAUAAAAGGGGAGAAAGACUUUGUUUGGGGAGAGGGAGUUUUGAUGUGUGUUGUGACUACCUGUAGGGAAGGGGAAGCCUACAACUGUUUAGUCUUUUUGUUUGAAUCUUUAUUUUGGCCGUCGUGC